AUGACAGCCAAUACUGCGGGGUUUGUCUAUACAACCCCACUGGCCACCGAUGAACACUACAUCCGACUUCUCAAAUUCGAUUCUACUGUCUCAGAAGAACCUCUCAGAUUUUCUCUGAAGGUAUGCAAAUUCUUAGAGAAACCCACUUAUAACAGUCUCUCCUAUGAAUGGGGAGACACCGUAGCCGACCGACUGAUCUUCAUCAACGAUCGUCUCUUCUUCAUCCGGGAGAAUCUGCACAGCUUCCUGAAAGUGUUAGCUAGUAGUGCUUAUAGAGACGAUUAUGUCUUCGUGGACGCAAUCUGUAUCAAUCAGGAUGACAUUGCCGAGCGAAACGCCCAGGUCCGGCGGGUAGGCGAUCUUUAUGCACAGGCAGAAAACGUGCUCGUCUGGCUUGGGUCCGGCACAGCCGAGAGCGAUUUCGUCUUUGACAUAUGCUCUGAUUCGGUAGCGAGCAGCACUAUAGUCAGAACCAAGCUGGGGGAGGAAAAGACCAGGAUCGAGGCCCUUGAUUUCAACGCGCCCGACGGAGAGGCCCUGGAUACGGUAUACCAACGGUCAUACUGGACGAGACUGUGGAUUAUUCAGGAGCUAUUCCUUGCGCAAAACAUUAUUCUGUUUUGUGGCUUAAAGUCGACACCAUGGUCUGUUUUUAGACAACUCCCCAGAUGGAACAAGGGCGUUUUUGUCCCCGGAGGCUUCACGGGAGUUGAUAUGGUUCUUGGAAGCACACCGGCCGGACGACAUGCAAGGGAUAUUCUGAAUGAGCUGGAUAAGAUGGAACAGGGAAGAAGCGCAUUUAUAGACAAAGGACUUGUCACGCUGGUUCUGAAAUUUGGUCUGGCACAGUGUUUCGAUGUUCGCGAUCGUGUCUAUGGCCUGCUUGGUCUCGCUAGCGCAUCCGACAAACACAAAGAAGACCGAGGCCUUGAGGUCGUCGUGGACUAUUCAGCAAGUCCAAUGUCUCUAUUCGUGCGCCUUUUAAGCACUUUGCCACAUGAGCUUCGUAUUAGAACCGCGCUGGAUCUCUUCAACAUUCUGAAGCUACACCAUGCUCAAGAAAGUGCAAUUCUUGCCAGCAUUCCAGACACCAACUUGAGUCUGUCUUUUAAGAUCGAAUUCACUCAUGUAGGACAUCUCAGGCAUGUGACUCAACCCUCUCCAUCUUCCUGUAGAGCUUGCCGCAGCCGGGCAAGGAACUCUUCCCCAUUUGCGUUGAACGAGACCCAGCGCCAACAGCUGGCAGGAAAGACCUUUUCUCUGAUAAUAACAGGUGCACAACAAAACGUCAUGGCCAGACAUGGCGGUGGGCCUCUGUAUGAGAUGAUGUCGUCUGACAGCUGCCUGACUGCAUCCGGCGCUUGUGAAGGAGAUGAUGUUUUCCUUCUGGAAGGUACCAACGCCGUCCUAAUCCGACAACAGGAUGAUUCGGGUUCUACGAUGCUUUACAGGCGGGGUAUUCUCUGCAGCACGAAAAGCGAGCAAAGUAUCCCGAAAGCAGCAGAAUUGCUUGAUAGUUGCCUCUUGUAUUUACCGUCUAUCGAAGGGUGUUGUCUCAGGACUGACAAGCAUCAAAUAUGGUCUCUAGUGGGACCGGUUGAGUUUGUGUAUGAGGAGCUGAGUCUGCAGCAGAUUAUAUUGCUUCUGAUAUAUGCUGGCCAACACCGUGAUCAUUGGAAUCGGCAGUUGAGAAAUACUUCUAGUGACUAA